AUGUCGAGGAAUACUAGGAGAGGAAAGGGUGUAAGAGAACAGAAACGGGACGAGGCUGUUCUUCACGAACCCUCUAAUAUAUUGAACUCGAUGCUAAAAUCGUUAGACUUAACUUUCGAAAACGACAUUGGAUUGCUGAAUGGAAAGUAUGUGAGAUCUCUACCAGAAAAACCGAUACUACAGACGACGAAAUCCCAGCUCGAGAGUUUGGGCAAAUGUCUAGAGAAAAUUGCCAGUAAUGAUCAGGAAAGUAUCAAUUUGAUUAGACAAGUUCGAGAGGAAAUAAUUAGAAAUGAAGAAGAGAAACAGAGAGAGUUAGAAAAAGCAGAGAAAAGCCUGAAACUUGAAGCUGAAGCGUCGGAGACAAAUCCAAACUCUAGUACGCAAGAAUCAGACCAAGCGAUACCAGGAAAAAGGCUUAUUAAGGAGGAAGAGAAUGCUAAAAAAGGCAAUACUGAGGGCAGCGAUGAUGACCCGAGCCACUUCGAGAACAAUGAAGGUGAUGAAAGUACACAACUAUUUAAAAAACCAAGAUUGGACCGAGAUCAAAUAGAGAACGAUCCAUCUGUCAAAAAUCCUAAAUCAGAAUUUGUUGUUUCUCAAACCCUUCCAGCGGCAGCAAUGAAGUUGGGCUUAUUUCAUGAGGACAAAUUAGAGGCUACCGGGGAGGAAUAUCUAAAAAAGAAGUAUGGUGUUGUCAGUUAUCCGACAAACGAUUUGAAGGAGCUUUUACCUGGAGAAAUUCCUGAUAUGGACUUUUCAAAGCCAAAGCCUUCGAACCAGAUCCAAUUUAAUACCUUCCUGUCAUCUAUCGACGCAUUUUACAGAGAAUUCACGGAUGAUGAUAUAAAAUUUUUACAAAACAAGUUCAUUGUACCACAAAGCUUACAAUACGUGAAAUCCUAUGACCUCGAUGUUACCCCAUAUACAAUACCUAAACUUGGUCCUUUGUACACCGACGUUUGGUUGAAGGAGGACAAUAAUCAAAAUAUUGCAAACUUAACGCCACCACCUGUAAAUGAUCCUACUAGUAUUCUGCCGAAGAAAUCUGGUAAAGAACUAACCGAUUCGGCUUUAGAUACGGAAGAUAUUUCAUGUGGUCCAUUAGUAUCAAGGUUGUUGAGUGCAAUUCUAAAGGAUGAUGACACUAUCGCUCCCAAAGAGGAACUACAGGCAGUAUCUAGUUUGGAAUCAUCUGUAUCAACUCCUGUAAGUGAGAAUGAUCAUAUGACACCAUCUUCUGCUUCAUCAUACGGUAUAUUCAAAAAAUAUGGAGGAAUUUCAAAUACGUCAAACAUUGACUAUGUUUCGUUCGAAGAACGUCUAAAAAGAGAGUUGAAAUACGUUGGAAUUUACAUGAAUCUUCCAAAGGAGGAAGGAAAAAGCAAGGAAGAUCCUGAUUGGUUGACGGGAAGGGAAGAUGAUGAAAUAAGUGCGGAACUACGAGAACUUCAAAGCACGUUGCGUCAAGUUACAACUAGAAAUAUCAAGAGAAAAGCCGCCCUGAUACCUUUACUAGAAAAACAACUAGCGUGGCAAGAAUAUCUCACCAUUUUGGAAAAUUUGGAUAAACAAGUUGACCAAGCUUAUAUCAAACGUAUUCGUGCCCCAAAAAAUAAAAAGAAGAAACAACAUACCCCAGGUCCAGAAUCUCUUGUAUCCGGAUCUACUUCACAGGCUGCGAUUCAAGCAGCUCAUCAACAAGCCGCUAAUUCGAGUCUAAAGUCUCUACUGGAUAAGAGACAGAGGUGGAUUAAUAAAAUCGGUCCACUAUUUGAUAAACCUGAAGUAAUGAAACGCAUUCCCAAAGAAAGUGUGUUCAAAGAUAUUGAUCAAGAUGAAGAAGAAGAAGAAGCUGAUGUUUUCAGUAACAACAUAAAUGGCAAGGAUGAAGAGCUAAAUGAAAGUAUACAAAGCAAAGAAGAAUAA